ACUAUAUAAGCAACUCGCAGCGCUCUCCUCUCUGUAAAUUUUGGAAAAUCUCUUCGUUGGCGUUGGCUGUGGUGGUGUAGUCGUCGCAUUAAAUUUAAAUCAAAUCGAAUCGGCGGUGCGCGUGCAGACUGUUUAGAAUUCCUACAUAUAUUAAUUGAAUCGGACGAGAUCGACGGCCAAAGUCGUGGUCUUAUCGAGCUCUGUGCACGCAUGCAAAUUUUCGACAUAUAACAGCCGCGACUUCUUAGACCGCAGCGCACUAGUCAGAGCAGUUUCGCCGGGACAGCAGCUACUCCCGCAAACCCAAACAGCUAAACUGAAGCCAACUCAGCCAAAUCACCUGUGGAGAUUUCGUAAUCCCAUCCAGGAAUAUUCCGAACGCGAGUGAAAGUGCGCGAGUGUUGGUGCGGCCAAAGCAAACACAGUUUCUCGUAUCAAUUGCAGCAGCGGUGUCAGUAGUACAUCACCAUCUGAACCAAAGCCAUCAUGAGUGGAUACACAGACCUCACCAAGCUGGAGACAAGUCGGAACUGCCUGCGCCGCAUCGCCCGUCACGAUGAGCAGCAGUUCUCCAAAGACAGCAUCGUCAAUGUGAUGGAGAAGUUUGUAAAGACUGUCAACAUUAUGGACGACACCAUACUGGUGCCAUGCAGGCUCAUGGAUCGACAGAUCGGCGACAGCACUGACAUCAUCCCAGCCACCGGCAAGGACUCAACCGCCAACCAGCUGACACUGAGCUCCAGUGCCCACGGAAAGCGGGGGGCAGCGCACUCGAAGAACGUGCACGACUUCCUCAGCGCCUCCGAGCUGUUCAAUCUGUACAACAUGCUGAACUCGCUAAAGAAGGAUCUGCUCUGGACCGCCAACCAGGAGGACGACGAGCAGCAGCACCCACACCAGGAGCUCAGCGGCACCCCCAGUUCCGCUUCCAGUUGCAAUCCCACCGAGAGCAAGACUGAGUCCAGCAGCGGCAGCCCAAACACAGCCGCCUCGGGCAGCGCCAAGGGUCACGUACGCCGCACCUCCACCGCCUCGAUGAUGUCCACCAACUCGGUGAGCAACAUGAGCGACUCGGACUCCGACAUCUCGCAGGAGAACGACUCGGGCCUGGAGUCGGACGGCAACAAGAGCGACAACGCGCAGAGCAGCGACGGCAGCGACAUCGUGGACGUGGCCAAGUCGAAGCAGGGCUCCGGAGACAAGGCCACGGAGCUGGCGCAGCGCUGCCGGAGACAUCUGAACGGUCUGUACCAGUGCUUGGAACAAAUGACAGAGGCGGCCAACUACCUGACCGCCAGAUACCAAAGUGAUAUUGGGCCCGUUUAGGACGGCCACUCAACGCCUUCUCGACCCUCUUCUCCUAUGCCUCCUACUCCCAAACUUUCACUUCCUUUCGAGCUGGGCGGGGUUACCUUUAUAACAUAGUCGCGGGCGGGUCUUUUCUCUCAUUAGUAUCAAGGGAACCAAGUGGGAGGGCUUCUUUAACUUUAACUAUAACUAUAACCGUAUCUGUAUAUCUAUAUCUAUGUAUAUGAUUAUAUAUAUGUAUGUGUAUCUUGAGGGGGUGCUAAGUAAGACAUAUGGAGAUCGUAUGUGUGCAUGAGGAUUGUAUAAAUGUAUAACUGAGGAUGAUGAACAACAACUGGUAGUUAUAGUGAUGGAUAAAGCAGCGCCUAAAGCAACAAAUCAAGCAAAGUUCUAUUGUAAAAAUUGUAACCUCUUCGUUGUGUCUCUCUUAUGGUUUAAAAGGGGCAGCGAAUCGAAACAGAAAUCGCAGAAGCCAAUCAAUUAAGUCGCGGCCAUUCCUUCUGAAGCCGUUGGGGUCCACUGCGCCCAAGUCAAAAGCGUUAUCCAUUGCGUUGCUGAGGCUCCAACCCAUAAAAUAUCCCCUAUUCUUUGCAAUUUGAUUUUCGUAUAUGUAUUGGAUAGAUAGCUAUAGCUAUGGGAACUGCAGAAACAACACUAAAGCAAACAAUGUUCAACAAGUACAAGAAAUCUAAUUUCUAACUAAACUACGAUACGAACACACAAGUGAAGUGGGAGCGGAGCGGAAGCGGUUGUGGGCGACCACUUCACUUUUAGCCUGUAUGCAAAUUGAUAUAUUCCACAAUUGUUAUUGUAAUUGUUUAAGCCCAAUUUGUGCCGUUAUGUUUCGUUUGAUUUUCUCUUCGCCACCGACCAGCGGCCUCCAGGCGAUCCGGCGGUGAGGAGAUGGGGAUGGGGAACUCUAGCAGACGUCACAGCUAGUCGCCCGGAGAUCCGCCUGCAUCUCGCUGGUUCGGCAUCGAAGACCAAAGAGCAAACUGUAAAUUACUAACGUUAAUAGCGCUUGUGCGAAAGCAAAAGAGAAUUAUUUAUACACAAUAAAUAAAUUUUACUUAGAAAAUA